CAGUAGCCGCUCCGGCGUUUUGAAUGGAGCUUUUGGAGCUGGCGGUGUUAUGUAGGUUACCUGACUGCUCCAUCUGCGCCAUGGAUCCGCUAAAGGCUUUACGCGUCUGUUUAGAUUUCUUUGUAUUAUUCUCCAUCUUUGUGAAAUGUCACGGUCGCGACUCAGACUCUGAUUAUGUGACGUGUGGCUCCUUAGUGAAACUGAUGAAUACACGGCACAAUGUGAGACUCCACUCGCAUGAUGUGAAAUACGGCUCAGGAAGUGGGCAGCAGUCGGUAACGGGUGUGGAUACAGCAGACGAUGCCAACAGUUACUGGCGUAUCCGUGGUAAACCAAAUGAAAUAUGCCAGCGUGGAGUGCCCAUUAAAUGUGGCCAGGCUAUCCGUUUUACUCAUAUGAAGACGGGACGCAACCUCCACAGUCACCAUUUCAGUUCUCCUCUAUCGAACAACCAGGAGGUGAGUGCCUUUGGAGAGAACGGUGAAGGUGAUGAUUUAGAUGUGUGGACAGUCCAGUGCACCGGGACCUACUGGGAGCGCGAAGACGCCGUCCGGUUCAAACAUGUCGGCACCAGCACCUUCCUCAGUGUAACUGGAGAGCAAUACGGCCAUCCGAUCAGGGGCCAGCGCGAGGUCCACGGAAUGUCCUCGCCCAAUCAGAACAACUACUGGAAAGUGAUGGAAGGGGUUUUCAUUCUUCCUAGUACUGAAUCGUCACAUCAUGAUGAGCUCUGAUGACUCAAAACGCACUGUACUCUCAGCCAAUAAAGACUGUACCACCAUUUUCACUUAGUGUUUUACUUUCAUUUGUAUAUGUCUGGUCUGAGCUGGGGUUUUUGUUUGUUUUGUUUUUUUAAUUUCCACUUUUUUCUACUGUUCUUGUCUUUCAAUUAAAAAUCAUAAUAAAUGUACAGAAUGAAUUAUACUUUGAAUCUGUUUCCCUGUUGGUAAGGAAUAAUAUUGUUUUUAUUUCCGUGUGUGCGCGUAUGUAGAGGUACAAAUGACUACUAGCUGUGUUUGAAGUUUUACAGUGGUGAUAUUCUAUUUAUCCGUUGUACUGCAGAGCCUGUUGAUUGGCUGCCUGAAUUAAAGAUUGGAAUUAUACUAUUACAAAAAAAUUCAUUUUUACAACCUUGAAAUCAGGUCUUCGCCAUUAUAAGAACAUUUAGUUGAUCGUGUCUAUGCUGAAUAAACUUUAUUUACAUUUA